GCAAACACUGCGAAGAGUUAAGAUUAAAUUUUUUAAAUUUUGUGCUAAGAGGAAAAUAAUAAAAACGCAGCGUAAAAUAAAAGUGGAACAAGUGCAAACGAUUGAAUCACAGGAUCAGUACAUACUUUUAAAACUGGUUGUGGCAAAUUAAAUGAAAAUAUAAUUGAAUUCAAGGAGUUGUAGAAACAGUGAACUUCAUAACGGUAUAAGAAAAAACAGUGCUAAAUCAAUAAAUAAACGAAGCUCUCACUACUGACUGUGCCGAGUGGGACAGUGUAAAUAAAUAAACGUAAACUCGGAGAUAACUUGUUGGCGAAAAAUAAAAUUCAGUUCCUGACAAAAUGACUACGAAAAUGGCGAUUAAUGCAAAGGAUAUAUUCCGCAAUCAACAUCGACUCAUACGUUUCAUUGAGCAAUCGAUUCGUUUGUGUAGCAAUCAUUCAUUAAGAACUGCCCAAAAGCAAGCCAAACAGAAGGCUGAGCCUGACUUUGAGAUCACCGCAUCGAUUUCGGCGGAAUACACAGUUGCUCCGGAACCAAUCAAGCACGACAAAGAUGUUGGCCAACAAUUCGCUGCCGCACAAUUGGCGGUGCGCUUGGCAUCGCCAAAACAAUUGCAACCCAAACCGGACAGCGAUGAGGCAUUAGGCUUUGGCAAAGUAUUCACCGAUCACAUGUUAAAAAUCUACUACCACCGGAGUUUGGGUGGCUGGCAACGGCCGGAAAUUACGCCGCUCGAAAAUCUUGUGGUACAUCCCGCGGCAAAAGUAUUGCACUAUGCUGUUGAGCUCUUCGAAGGCAUGAAAGCGUAUCGUGGUGUCGAUGGCAAAAUCCGUAUGUUCCGUCCGAACAUGAACAUGAAUCGCAUGAAUCACGCCGCCAAACGUUCCGGUCUGCCCACAUUCGAAGGCGAGGAGUUCGUCAAAUGUCUUUCGCAUCUCGUAUCCAUCGACUCCGAAUGGGUGCCACACACCGAAGCUGCCAGUUUAUACAUCCGCCCAACACUGAUCGGUAUCGAUCCGACGCUCGGUGUUGCUUCCUCAGAUUCUGCCCUCCUCUAUACAAUCCUUAGUCCAGUUGGAAGCUAUUUCAAAUCCAAUAGUGAUGGAGCGAUCUCACUACUCGCAGAUCCUCGCUUCACAAGAGCGUGGCCCGGCGGUGUUGGCAAUCGUAAAAUGGGCUCCAACUACGCACCCACGAUCUAUGUACAAAAAGAGGCUGCCGAAAAGGGACUCCAGCAAGUAUUGUGGCUGUAUGGUGAAGAUCAUCAACUAACAGAAGUUGGCACAAUGAACAUUUUCAUGUUCUAUGCAAAUGAAAAAGGAGAGAAAGUACUCGUCACACCUCCACUCAACGGCCUCAUCCUGCCCGGUAUCACACGAGACUCAAUACUCACGAUAGCCAGACAGUGGGGCCAAUUUGAGGUGCGUGAAGAAGUGAUUACCAUGCCAGAAGUCUGCGAACUGCUGAAUCAGGGAAGACUGUUCGAACUGUUUGGCACUGGUACCGCCUGUGUUGUCAGCCCCAUCAACCGCAUGAACUACAUGGGGACGGAUCUCUACAUUCCUACCAUGGAGCAGGAGAAACCCAUUUACGAGGCGAUACGUGACACGCUAACAGGCAUUCAGUAUGGUAAAAUAGAGCAUCCAUGGGCGGUGACCAUCGAUUGAGUACACACACAUUCACGCGGUGACGCAUCUCCAUAGUUUAUCAGUCGUAGUUGAGAGAUUCUUACCUAAGGAAUCUGUAUUAAUAGUUCUUAGUUUUUGGUCAGAAAUAGCUUUACUAUGACUAUUUACUAUUAACUAAUUUAAAUAUUUAUGAAGCUUGCGGUAUGGAUUUCAAGUAGAGAUUCAGUUAAUGGGUUAAUCAUAUUUUUGGGAGAAGGCAAACCUCGAAUUUUAUACAAAAAUUUUCACACCAAACAUUGCAUUUGUGUUUUGGACUUUUAGUGCACCAAAGUCAAUAGAAAAGUGUUUGUAUGUAUGCGCUGGACUUUGGUGGGCCAUUUACUAUUAUUUUAAGUGUUUAACGGUAGAAAAUGAUGUUGGUGAAAUCUACAAAUGUAGGCAAAUCCUUUAAUAAUUUAAAGACUUAAUAUUUACCUAUUUACUUUAUAAGAUACUAAAAUUAUUUAUUUAGCGUUUUUAGGUAAGGUAAUAUAGCUAAACUAACUUAUCUAAUUAUUUUUAAGAUAUGUUGCAAAUCAUUUGUGUUUACAAAGAAAUUUUACUUUCAUUGUGCGCCAUUUGAUGCACUGAGAAAUUGGAAGCCUUGGGAAAAUAACACCUCUCAGGCGUGCAACAUAGGAACAUGUGAAUGUAUGGAGGCAUGAAACUUCCAGCAAACGCAACUGGCAAAAGCAUUCAUUGCAGUUAAUAAUUUUACCAAAUUAUUGGCUAAAAAAACCAACUAAGUACCAGAGUCAAGUGCAUUUAUUAGUUUAGAAAUUGACUUUUUGAUGUUAAUUCGAUAUUUUGAUUCGAAAUUCAAAAUUAAUGCUUUUCGCCAGCAAUCAGAAAGUUUAGGUAUGCAAAUGUAUGCAUAUAAUAAUUAAUUGAAAAUUUUCAAAAUGAAAGCAAUACCUAAAAUCCUCCCUGCAAAGAUUCAAGAAGCUGUGAAUUUUUUUUUAUCAAAAUUGUAAUUAUGUAUUCAUAGAAGAUUUCACUAUAGUUUUUUAUGUGCUUGUAUUGGAUUUACUUUAUGCUUUAUGUACACAAAGAAUUGGAAAUAAAUGAAAAAUAGAAAUUUUAUAUUAUAAAUUUUAAAACACACCACGAAA